AUUCGUCCUCACUAAAGAGAGACACACAGACUGAAAACCAGACGAUCAGAUUCAUCUUCAGAACAAACUAACAACUUCAUCUGAGUGAGUUCAGCUACAGGAGAGAAAAGAGGAAAACUACAACACUGCUGCUUCAACCUGCUGACACUCCACACACUGAACCUUCACUCAGAGACAAAAUGGCUUCCAGAUCAGAGGAGGAUCUCUGCUGUCCGGUCUGUCAUGAAGUCUUUAGAGAUCCUGUUGUUCUGUCAUGUAGCCACAGCUUCUGUAAAGACUGUCUGAAGAGCUGGUGGAGAGAGAAACCAACACAGGAGUGUCCAGUUUGUAAGAGAAGAUCUUCAAAGGAAGAACCACCUCCUUCAGAGGCUCUCUGCAGUCUGCACUCUGAGAAACUCAAACUCUUCUGUCUGGACCAUCAGCAGCCAGUGUGUGUCGUCUGCAGAGAUUCAGAGAAACACACCAACCACAGAUUCAGACCCAUCGAUGAAGCUGCUCAACAACACAAGAAGAAACUUCAGGAAACUCUGGAGCCCUUAAAGGAGAAGUUAAAGGUUUGUGAACAAGUUAAAGUGAAGUUUGAUCAAACAGCAGAACACAUGAAGGUCCAGGCCCGACGCACAGAGAGGCAGAUUCAUGAUCAGUUUAAGAAGCUCCACCAGUUUCUAGAGGAGGAAGAGGAGGCCAGGAUGGCUGCACUGAGGGAGGAAGAGGAGCAGAAGAGUCAGAUGAUGAAGGAGAAGAUGGAGGCUCUGAGCAGAGAGAUAGCAGCUCUUUCAGACACAGUCAGAGCCACAGAGGACGAGCUGAGAGCUGAAGACGUCUCAUUCCUCAACAACUACAAGGCUGCAGUGGAAAGAGUCCAGCAGCGCCCCCUGCUGGAGGAUCCACAGCUGCUCUCAGGAGCUCUGAUAGACGAGGCCAAACACCUGGGCAACCUGACCUUCAACAUCUGGAACAAGAUGAAGGACAUGGUCUCCUACACUCCUCUGGUUCUGGACCCAAACACUGCUGGUCCAGUACUCAUCCUGUCUGAAGAUCUGACCAGUGUGAGAGGAGGAGAGAGACAGCAGCUUCCUGAUAAUCCAGAGAGGUUUGAUUAUUACUGGUCUGUUCUGGGCUCUGAGGGCUUUAACUCAGGGACUCACAGCUGGGAUGUUGAUGUUGGAGACAGUACACUCUGGUUUCUGGGUGUGUUAGCAGAGUCUGUCCAGAGGAAGGGAGACAUACAGUCUGGAUUAUGGAUAAUAGCGUUCUAUAAAGGUAAAUACUCAGCACGGUCACCACCAGGUCCAGUCACUGAUCUCAAAGUGCAGAAGAAGCUCCAGAGGAUCAGAGUGAAUCUGGACUGGAACAGAGGAAAGCUGUCGUUCUCUGAUCUUGAUACUAACACACACAUACACACCUUCACACACACUUUCACUGAGAGGAUGUUUCCAUAUAUGAACACUGUUUAUAAACUGAAGAUAUUACCGAUGAAGAUCAGUGUGACAGAUCUCUGCAGUCUGCACUCUGAGAAACUCAAACUCUUCUGUCUGGACCAUCAGCAGCCAGUGUGUGUCGUCUGCAGAGAUUCAGAAAAACACACCAACCACAGAUUUAGACCCAUCGAUGAAGCUGCUCAACGAUACAAGAAGAAACUUCAGGGAACUCUGAAGCCCUUAAAGAGGAAGUUAAAGGUUUUCAAACGAGUUAAAGUGAAGUUUGAUCAAACAGCAGAACACAUGAAGGUCCAGGCCCGACUCACAGAGAGGCAGAUUCAGGAUCAGUUUAAGAAGCUCCACCAGUUUCUAGAGGAGGAAGAGGAGGCCAGGAUGGCUGCACUGAGGGAGGAAGAGGAGCAGAAGAGUCAGAUGAUGAAGGAGAAGAUGGAGGCUCUGAGCAGAGAGAUGGCAGCUCUUUCAGACACAGUCAGAGCCACAGAGGACGAGCUGAGAGCUGAAGACGUCUCAUUCCUCAACAACUACAAGGCUGCAGUGGAAAGAGUCCAGCAGCGCCCCCUGCUGGAGGAUCCACAGCUGCUCUCAGGAGCUCUGAUAGAUGAGGCCAAACACCUGGGCAACCUGACCUUCAACAUCUGGAACAAGAUGAAGGACAUGGUCUCCUACACUCCUCUGGUUCUGGACCCAAACACUGCUCAUCCAAGACUCAUCCUGUCUGAAGAUCUGACCAGUGUGAGACGAGGAGAGGAACAGCAGCUUCCUGAUAAUCCAGAGAGGAUUGAUAAAUACUGGUCUGUUCUGGGCUCUGAGGGCUUUAACUCAGGGACUCACAGCUGGGAUGUUGAUGUUGGAGACAGUAUAUACUGGGAAGUCGGUGUGUUAGCAGAAUCUGUCCAGAGGAAGGGGUGCAUACAAUCUGGAUUAUGGAGUAUAGGGUUCUAUGAAGGUAAAUACUCAGCACUGUCACCACCAGGUCUAGUCACUGAUCUCCAAGUGCAGAAGAAGCUCCAGAGGAUCAGAGUGAAUCUGGACUGGAACAGAGGAAAGCUGUCAUUCUCUGAUCUUGAUACUAACAAACACAUACACACCUUUACACACACUUUCACUGAGAGGAUGUUUCCAUACAUUAACACUGUUGAUAAACUGAAUAUGUUACCAAUGAAGAUCUGUGUGACAGUGUAA